ACACACACACACAGAUCAGAGCCAUGGUUCUGACACAGAUUAGCUGAGUCAUUUUGUCUGUCGACGCCAUUUCAAAAGAUAUAAAAACGAUAUCUUCACAGCUAACGGUCUGAAAUCAAGUUUAUGCCUGUAAAAUGAGAGCAGAGAGAGGAGGAGGAGAAGAACCGGACCUGUAAAAUGAGUGUGUAUGAGGAGAGAGAGGAGGAGGUGUCUGUUCACACUCAGAGAGCAGCAUCUCCAGUAUUCAGUUGUGUGUCCAUGAAGAGUAACAUCUCCAUGUAUGAGCCGCCUAAAUUCAGUUAUGGACCAUCUCCAGUAUCCAGCUGUGUGUCCAUGAAGAGUGACCACUCCAUGUAUGAGCCGCCUAGAUUCAGUUAUGGGCCAUCUUCAGGAUUCAGCUGUGUGUCCAUGAAGAGUGACCACUCCAUGUAUGAGCCGCCUAAAUUCAGCGAUGGACAAUCUUCAGGAUUCAGCUGUGUGUCCAUGAAGAGUAACAGAUCCAUGUAUGAGCCGCCUAAAUUUAGUGAUUGGCCAUCUUCAGGAUUCAGCUGUGUGUCCAUGAAGAGUGACCACUCCAUGUAUGAGCCCCCUAAUCUCAGUGAUGGACCAUCUUCAGGAUUCAGCUGUGUGUCCAUGAAGAGUAACAGAUCCAUGUAUGAGCCCCCUAAUCUCAGUGAUGGACCAUCUUCAGGAUUCAGCUGUGUGUCCAUGAAGAGUGACCACUCCAUGUAUGAGCCGCCUAAAUUCAGCGAUGGACAAUCUUCAGGAUUCAGCUGUGUGUCCAUGAAGAGUAACAGAUCCAUGUAUGAGCCGCCUAAAUUCAGUGAUUGGCCAUCUUCAGGAUUCAGCUGUGUGUCCAUGAAGAGUAACAAAUCCAUGUAUGAGCCCCCUAAUCUCAGUGAUGGACCAUCUUCAGGAUUCAGCUGUGUGUCCAUGAAGAGUAACAGAUCCAUGUAUGAGCCGCCUAAAUUCAGUGAUUGGCCAUCUUCAGGAUUCAGCUGUGUGUCCAUGAAGAGUAACAAAUCCAUGUAUGAGCCCCCUUAUCUCAGUGAUGGACCAUCUCCAGGAUUCAGCUGUGUGUCCAUGAAGAGUAACAACUCCAUGAUGAAUCCCCCUUAUCUCAGUGAUGGACCAUCUCCAGGAUUCAGCUGUGUGUCCAUGAAGAGUAACAACUCCAUGUAUGAGCCCCCUAAUCUCAGUGAUGGACCAUCUUCAGGAUUCAGCUGUGUGUCCAUGAAGAGUAACAACUCCAUGAUGAAUCCCCCUUAUCUCAGUGAUGGACCAUCUCCAGGAUUCAGCUGUGUGUCCAUGAAGAGUAACAACUCCAUGAUGAAUCCCCCUUAUCUCAGUGAUGGACCAUCUCCAGGAUUCAGCUGUGUGUCCAUGAAGAGUAACAACUCCAUGUAUGAGCUGCCUAAAUUCAGUUAUGGGCCAUCUGUGACCUCUGACCCUGUAAUCAUCAGCAGGAAGAGAGCAGCAUCUCCAGUAUCCGUCUGUGUGUCUAUUAAGAAUAGCAGAUCCAUGUAUGACCCUCCUAAUCUCAGUGAUGGACCCGCUUUGACCUUUGACCCUGUUGGUGGGAGAGCUGAGCAGAUCAGAGAUGUGUCCUGUCAGACCAGCAGAUCCUCCUGUCAGAAACACAUCAGUCAUCAUGACACAGAAGCAGCCCUGCAGCUUGAUUCUCACCAGCCAGUGCAUGAUGAUCUUCAGAGAGUCAAAGACCGGCACAAAACCAGCAUGAAGAACAAGUAUGAGAGAUUAUUUGAGGGAAUCAAACUACAAGAGAAUCAGACUCUCCUGAACAGGAUUUACACACAGCUGUACAUCAUAGAGGGAGAGAGUGAAGGAGUGAAUGAAGAACAUGAGGUGCUACAGAUGGAGAAAAGUUACAAGAACCUCCAAGACACUCCAAUCCACUGCAAUGACAUCUUUGAUCCUUCACCUGAACCAGGAUAUGAGGAGAAGAGAAGAGAGAAGAAAGACACAAUCAAGACUGUUCUUACUAAAGGCAUCGCUGGAAUCGGGAAAACCGUCUCUGUGCAGAAGUUCAUUCUGGACUGGGCCGAGGGAAAAGCCAAUCAGGAUGUAGAUUUCAUGUUUGUGCUUCCAUUUAGAGAGCUGAACUUGAUUAAAGAUCAUCAGUACAGUCUUCACAGACUUCUGCUGGACUUUCAUCCUGAACUUCAAGAUCUGGACUCAGAGAUGUAUGAUGAAUGUACAGUUGUGUUGAUCUUUGAUGGUCUGGAUGAAAGCAGAUUGACACUGAUGUUUUCAGACAGUGAGAAAGUUUCUGAUGUGACUGAGUCUUCAUCUGUGGGUGUGUUGAUGUCAAACCUCAUGAAAGGAGAUCUGCUUCCCUCUUCUCUCAUCUGGAUCACCACCAGACCAGCAGCAGCCAAUCAGAUCCCCUCCAAAUACAUCAACCGUGUGACAGAAAUUCAGGGAUUCAAUGAGCCUCAGAAGGAGGAAUAUUUCAGGAAGAGAAUCAGUGAUGAGGAUCAAGCCAGCAGAAUCAUCUCUCACAUCAGAAGAGCAAGAAGCCUCCGCAUCAUGUGUCACAUACCCGUCUUCUGCUGGAUCUCAUCCACUGUGCUUCAAAACAUCCUGAAACAAGAUCUCAGUGCAGAAAUCCCUCAAACUCUGACUGAAAUGUACAUACACUUCCUCCUCAUUCAAACUCAUAUGAGGAACCAGAAGUAUGAAGAGAGAGAUCCAGAGAAACUCCUGCAGUCCAACAGAGAAGUGAUUGUGAAACUUGCUGAACUGGCUUUCAAUCAGCUGAUGAAGGGCAAUGUGAUGUUCUAUGAGGAGGACCUGAUUGAGAGCGGCAUAGACGUCACUGACGCCUCAGUGUAUUCUGGGAUUUGCACUGAGAUCUUUAGGGAGGAAUCUGUGAUUUAUCACAGGAAGGUUUACAGCUUUGUACAUCUCAGCUUUCAGGAGUUUUUUGCAGCACUGUAUGUGUUUUUCUGCUAUUUACACAAAAACAGUGAAGUUCUGAAAAUGUUCCUCACAGGAAAGUUCAGAAAACAGUGUGAGAAUGUUCCUCUGGAUGUGAUUCUGAAGGAAGUUAUAAAUAAAGCCUUGGUGAGUAAAAAUGGACACCUGGAUCUUUUACUUCGAUUCCUUCAUGGCAUCUCACUGGAGUCCAACCAGAGACUCUUACAGGAUGUGCUGAUUCACACAGAGAACAACCCAGAGAGCAUCAAGAAAAUAAUCCACAACCUCAAACGAGGUCAAAAAAACAAUGUCAGCCCUGAAAGAUGGAUGAAUCUGUCACACUGCUUGAUUGAGAUGAAGGAUCAUUCUGUUCUUAAAGAAAUGCAGGCAUUUUUAAACUCUAAAACAAAAAGAAAAAGUCUUUCUCUUGCACAAUGUUCAACUUUGGCAAACAUGAUCCUGAUGUCAGAGGAGGUGAUGGAUGAGUUUGACCCUAAAAAGUUCAAGAUCACAUCAACACAAGAGGGUCUAAGGAGACUGUUACCUGCUCUGAGGAACUGCAGAAAAGCUCUUUUGGCAGACUGUAAUCUCACAGAUCAGCACUGUGAAAUUGUGUCUUCAGCUCUACAGUCAUCAAACUCCUCCCUGAGAGAGCUGGACCUGAGUUACAAUGACCUGCAGGAUUCAGGAGUGAAGCUGCUCUGUGUUGGACUGAGGAGUCCAAACUGUCAACUCAAUGUUCUGAGGUUGGCACACUGUAAGCUCAGCAAUCAGUGCUGUGAAACCGUGUCUUCAGUUCUACAGUCUUCAAACUCCUCCCUGAGAGAGCUGGACCUGAGUAACAAUGACCUGCAGGAUUCAGUGAAGCUGCUCUGUGCCGUACUGAAGAGUCUAAACUGUCAACUCAACAUACUGAGGUUGGCACACUGUAAGCUCAGCAAUCAGUGCUGUGAAACCGUGUCUUCAGUUCUACAGUCUUCAAACUCCUCCCUGAGAGAGCUGGACCUGAGUAACAAUGACCUGCUGGAUUCAGGAGUGAAGCUGCUCUGUGCCGGACUGAAGAAUCUAAACUGUCAACUCAACAUACUGAGAUUAUCUCAGUGUUUGGUGACAGAAGAAGGUUGUGCUGCUCUGGCAUCAGCUCUGAGUUCAAACCCUUCACACCUGAGAGAGCUGGAUCUGAGCUGCAAUCACCCAGGAGAUUCAGGAGUGAAGCUGCUCUCUGAUGCUCUCAACCAUCUGGACAAACUCAAUGUGGAUCACGGUUCAGAAGUUAAAGAGUUCAUGAUGACAUCAAGACUACACAGAUACGCUGUUGAUCUCACACUGAAUCCAAACACAGCACACACUCGUCUCGUUCUGUCUGAGGAGAACAGAAAGGUGACGUGUGUGAGAGAGAGUCAGUCGUAUCCUGAUCAUCCAGACAGAUUUGAUGUGUAUCCUCUGGUUCUGUGUGGAGAGAGUCUGACUGGACGCUGUUACUGGGAGGCUGAAUGGAGUGGAUCUGCUGAAAUAUCAGUGUCAUAUAAAGGAAUCAAGAGGAAAGGAGGGAGUGAUGACUGUGAUUUUGGAUAUAAUGAGAAGUCCUGGAGUCUGAGCUGCUCUGGUCACAGUCUCUCUGUCCUUCACAAUAGUAUCUCCACUGCUGUUUCUGCUGAUUCAGGAUCCUAUAAGAGGGUAGGAGUGUUUGUAGACGAGUCGGCCGGCACUCUGACCUUCUACAGCAUCUCUAACACACACACACUCACACACUUACACACAUUCACACACACAUUCACUGAACCACUUUAUGCUGGAUUUAGACUUUAUACUGUUAACUCUUCAGUGUCUCUGUGUCAGAUUCAAAGAAAAUGAGGAAACAUUUAACAAUUUCUCAAUUUUAAUUUUUGAAAUAAAUAGACACACACACAAACCAGACACACACACACACACUGUAACGCUGGUGCAGUUGUGGAAGCAGUGAAGAGGCUUGAUCCAAGUGCAGCACACUUUAUUACAUAAACUACAAAUAAAACAGACUAGAUAACAGUCUAAAAACAAGACUGAAUAUGAAUAUGUAAAUGAAUAUGAAUCUUCUGUCAGCUCCAGUAUUUCUCUGUUAAUUGACAUGUUUUAUUCCAGUUUAAUGAUGUUAUUGUAGUUUAUGGUCAAUAAGCGCUUGUUCCUGGUUCAGUGUGAACAUGUUUCUUCAGUUGUUGAUGUUUGACUGUUAUUUUCAUUGAUGAUAAACGUUUGUCACCCUGAGUUUCACUGUUUUUACACGUUUGCUUUUUAAUGUCCAGUUUUGACUGAAUCACUUUAUGAAUCUUCAUCAAAUGAGAGUUUGAUUGAAUCUGAUUCAGAAGAACUGUUGAACAGGAAAGUAAACGAGUCUGUGACAUCAUCAAAGUCAAAAACACUUUAUUUCAAUGUGUAAUUAUAGAUUCAAGAACUGAGUAAUAUUAAUCAAUGAAUCAGUUUAAACAUCCAUAAACAUCUAAUUAUCAAAAACACAAUGCUGACAAAACAGAUUACAGUCAAACACACACUAACAAAGAGUAAUAAUCAAUUCAGACUUUAUUUCAUAUUCACCUCAUUUACAAAUAUUACACUGAACAUCCGUUCUGAUCAUUUAUCAUUUCAUAAACAGAAAACAGCAGAUUAUCAGAGAUCAGCAUUAAAUCUGUAAACAUUCACACAGUUUUACUUCAUCGGAUUUGAAUUAUUACAUAUAACAUCAUAUUUUCACUGAAGUUGAUCAUCAUAAUGUUGUUCCUGUAAGUAAAGUAAAAGCUCAGAGGAUCAUGUCCUCCAUCAUGAGCUUCACUUCAUCAUUUACUGUGUUUGGACCCGGAGGAACGUGAGAUUAUAAUACACUCAUAACUUAAUAUUAUUCAUCAGAAACCAUAUUACAUCUAAUCAGUAACUGCUCAUUAAUGAGUGAAUGCACAAAAGUUUUAAAGUUUAGAAUGUCACGUUUUUAACAUGCUAUCACUUCAUUUAACCCCUUUUUAUUAAUUAAAAACUGAGAAAUUCUUUGAAAUGUCUAAUUUGUUCAGGAACUAGAGCAAAAACCUUGUGAUGCAAGACAAGAUACAUUUGUAUCAAUAUGAGACAUUUAUUUGAAUAUAUCACUAGAUGAAAUUCAUUAGAACAUAAUAAGAGAAUUACCAGUAUGAACUUCAUUGACUUCAAUGGAUUUAAUUUUAUUCAUUUUAAACUUCUAACUCAUGACUUCUCAAAAGAGUCCACUGUAAAAAUGAAUGUGCU